UUUUUUUUAACGAAACCCCCUUUUGUUUUAUUCUGCGGAAUUCUCAAUCAAAAACCCUAAUUUUAUUUACGCUUCCAUUACCCCAAUUUUCAACUAUUCAAUUUCGUCCUGAAAAAACCCUAGCUUUUGGAUCGCGCUUAGGAGUUCGAAUUUCGUAGAAUUAGAUUCGAUUUUGUAGAUUUUUUUUUGAAAUUACAUGGAUUUCUGAUCAUAAAGUUGAGAUCUUUCAACGAUUCAGCUGGUGGGUUGUCUCUUCAAUUCUUGCCCCUUUCAUUGUUUAGCUCUGGUGAGAAUAGUAGUGCUCUGCAUUACACGUUUGGGUCCACAAGUUGUGUCUCAAGAUCGAGGUUUAUAGUUUUUGGGGCAUUAGAAUUUCAUUACAUAUUCUUUAGAAGCUGAAGGCUGUUCAAUUUGGCAUAGAUUUGACACGUAAGGAAUAUUUUCAACGAAGCAGUUCAAUUAGCACUGCUACUUGUAGUGGCUUGAUGCUGAAGGCAGUAUGCCGGUUAUAGUCGAGGGAAAUGCAAAGGUAUCAUGCUGGCAGCUGCACUAGUGCAGUUAAUAACAAUACAAUUGGUGGGCCAUCGGCUAGAGACAUUGGAAGAAUUGAUUCAUCUUCCUUGCCACCCAACUUUCCUGUUAGUUCAAGGAAGCUAGAAAUGAGUGUUACGGAAAAUCCAAAGAAAACUGAUGCUCCGCCAAUUGUUAAGUUGAAUAAGGCCUUGAAAUUGGCUGAGGUAUGGGUAAAAAAUAUGAGCGGAUCUGCUGGUGAUGAAACAACAAAUGUGGAUACGGAGGGUCGACCUCAAAGGCUUGGUCUAGGUGCAAAAGUACCACGACAAUCCAAUGUAGUGCUUUCAGAUGAUCCCGUUGAAAGGAGAUUGCAUUCCAAAUUGGCUGCUGAAAAAAGAAAAGCAGCCAAUAUUGCCAAAGAUGAAGGCACCAACUCCUGUGGCGUUUUAGAUGAUGAUGAUGAAGACAACGAAGACGAAAGCAGAACUAAUGCUUUUGCAAAGAGGAAGGCACCAGCUCCUGUGACCCUAUCUAUACCGGGAAAUAAGAAGCAGAAGUGACACUAUUAUGAAUCCUAUUUUUAUGUAGGCUUUGCGUUGUCUCGCUUAUUUUGCAUUUACUUUGCUGUCUGCAGUACUUUUCUUUUGGAAGCCAUUGCUCAUUAGCCAUUUGUUGGAAUGUAGUUCUUCACUUGAGGAGAAUAUUCAAAAGUAACUUAGCUCUUCACCUACCAAAUUGGCAACUUAGCUACCUUAGGAAUUCCUAGAUGAGUGAGUAAUCCUGGUUUUAGUGACCACAUUCUAAUUAUCCCCUCUUAGUGUUGUUAAGGAUCUUAAUUGUGACAAGGGAAAUAAACAGCAAUGUUCAAAUUGGAAAUGAUAUGUAUUGUGGUAUAUAUUUGGUCUGUUUGUCAUUGUAAACGUUUAAACUUGUACUAAUUUUAGCAAAUGAUUGGUGCCUCCUGUUGUGGAACAUACAUCAAUAUAUGGUUUUUCUGUUUGUAUAA